AAUGAAGUGCAAAAGCAUCUGCUGGGAAGACCCAGUGCUCCUUCAGCAGAAGUGGUUGCUAGGGCGCGGUCUAAAACAGUCGAAAGUCGUGAAGAUAAUGACAGCGACACCCCAUCAGAGACAUCUGGUGAGUAUGGAAAGAUACUUCAGAGUUGUAAGCUCUUUAAAAAUAAUUGAUGAAAUAAAGUUUUAGUACACAAAAUAAUAGCCCCCAAGUCAUUAAAGGGGCUACAUCUGUAUGCAUGUCAAAAGAAUAUUGCUGUUUUGGGUCAAUGCCGUACCGAGGCCAUUAAUGGUACUUAGCACCUGUACCCAUACACAAAAUGUUCCUCUAGAGUUUAUAUGAAGAAGAUAAUCAUUUAAAUUCCAUUAGGGAGCACAAAUUACUUUAACAAUUUUUUAUCCUGAUUUUUGCAGGCAUCGCAUAAAAACUUGUAAAACUUGGCCCUGUUAUUUAAAUCCAUGUCAAUCCUUGCCAUCUGUAGCAAUAGAUGAUGGCAGAAAGCAUUUUCAGUAUAUUCAAAUAUUGUUAGUUAUACAUACUAAAACUGGACCAUUAUAUUUGGAAUUCAAUUGGUGAGAGAAGACUUGUUUUAGCUUUUUAAAAAGCUAACAUAAUGCAGAGACGUAGCUUCUUCCUCUAACUAUCCUGAUUCUUGCAUGUCAUUUACAGUUGUAGGGACUGAGACUCAGAAAAAACGGUUGGCAACACAAAGAAAAACUCUUCAUCCUAUUGUUAAUCGUUCCUCAAGCAAUGGAGUGCAAGCUAGCAGGAGACCACCACCCUUACCCCCAGGGGCUACCCCUGUUACAGAGAAAGCAACAGUGUUAAAAGGUCCACCUUUACCACCUGUGCCACGCCCAAGACCCGUCUCUGCUUAUUAUCAUACGCAAGGGGGUGGUGUUAAACUUUCUGUCAGCAAGUCUGUUUCAAUGAGUGCAAUAUCAAAUGUUUCCUUAGCUGAA